CGAAAGGGGCACCUCGAACCCGACUAUAGUUGUCGCUUGGUAAAAAAAACAAAAAUAAAAAAGGAAGAAGCUAAUUCUAUACAAUAAACAAUACGAAGGGCGACAUAUGAUGCUUAUACAUAUCGCGAUUACACGUGUGCUGCGAGUUGUCGAAUCGGUUAAAUUUCUAUUUACGUAAUUGAGCUAUUCUGGAGGAGAAAAAAAAGGUCUUCAGAAUCGAUGGAUUUACGCCUCGGAAAAUGGAUACCUAUUGCGAUACUCUUGCUGUCUGUCAGUUACGACGACGUAAAUGCAGCCAGAGGAGGUGGCCGGAGGGGUGGUUCGAGAAAAUCCGGCAGCCGAGCAGGCUCCAGAAUGCAAAUCUUUAUACCGAGGAAUCAAGAUGGUGCCAGUUAUUACGAUAAUACAAAUGGCGCCAGGAUCAUAAAAUCGUCGCAUUUUGAAUUGGAUUACAUGCUCGGGCGUAAAAUCACAUUUUUCUGUAUGGCUCAAGGUAUUCCAAGACCGCAUAUUACCUGGUUCAAAGACGGAGUCGAGCUUUACGCUCAUAAAUGUUUUCAGGUGCACGAAUGGGCUAUUGGCAAUGAUACGUUGAAGUCCAAGAUGGAAAUUGAUCCGACAACGCAGAAAGAUGCUGGGUACUACGAGUGUCAAGCGGAUAAUCAGUACGCCCUUGAUAAAAGAGGUUUUCGAACUGACUACGUCGUUUUUACUCUUUAAUAUAUACCUUAUGGCUUUGGUAUUGUGAUAAUAUUUAACGUGCUACCUAUGAGAGAAUUUGGUGUAUUUCUCAUGUCUAAUAUAUCCAUUGAAAAGUGA